GGCAGAGGUAGACCUCUAUACCAUGGGUUAGGUCAAGGCAGGCCUCAACCAUGGCCUGUACCAUCAUCACAGAGCCACAGAGGGAGAGCUGGAUUUCAAAACUCAGCAAGUAGAUCCCGCAACCAAGAUAGAGGGAAUAUAAGUGGAUGGGGCGGAGGUCCUCACUAUAGCUCUACUCAAGGCAGGCCCUCAACAAGUUCACUAACAGAAUCACAGAACUAUGAAGGCAGAUAUGGAUCCCAAUACUCAGCAUAUAGAUCACAUGGUAGAGGUGCAUACAGAAGUUAUUCUGAUGUUGGAGUAUCAGGUAGAAAAAAUAGUGAACAUGACAACAGAAGGGAGAACUAUGGUCAUCAUCGAUGGAGAGACAACCAAAAAGAGGAGGAAACUCUCAGCCUAAAGAGGCUAGAAUCCUGGGCAAGAACAGAUGAUGCUGGUGAUCUUGUCCUGUACAUGAGCUCAAGAGAAUCCUUGUUGGAAGGGUUCCUUACAAGACCUUCAGUAGAAGAUGAUUGGCUGAUACUUCUCAUUAAAGCAAUUAACCAUGCUUUAACUGCCCAGCACCAAAAGGAAUCAAUUAAGAAAAUCCUGCAAGUUUUGUGCCAGACACGUUUCUUGGAGCAACAUUUGGUGCAUUUACUUACAAAUAGACAAAUACAAGACAACACAUGGGCAGAGGCUAAAGAAGUUUUUUCUGCAUUUGCCAACAUUAUCAAUGAAAUUAUUGACAAGUUGCCUGAGUAUGCAAACAAAUGCACAGCAGCCACAUUACAGUUGUCAAGUUUUGCACGUGCAUUUUUUACUGCAGAGGAUGAGGUUUUACAAGUUAUAAAAACACUUGAAGAAAAAGGGAAUAAUGUGCGCAAGUCACUCAAAGAGAAAGAAGCCAGGAAAUCAAAAGCUGGUCAGUUUGGGGCUGAUGACCAUGAACAACCACCAGAAGAUUUCAUGUCAUUGUCUGUCAUCCCAGAGGCUGCUGACUUAAAAGAAGAUGCUCACCCUUUCCUAAGACGAGCAAUAACCAAAGGUGUGUAUGAAGACGCCUGUCAUUACCUGGACAUCCAGUUUAGACUCAUGCGCCAAGACUUUAUCCUACCCUUGAGGCAGGGGAUCAAUGAAUUUAUUUCUAAUGGAUGCAAGAAAGACUACAGGUGCUCUGAUUUGAGGUUAUAUUUUGAUGUUCACAUUACUGGCAUUGUCUUCAAUGAUGGCAUAGAACAUGUUUUACAGUUUGAUGUAUCAAAAAUGAAAGAGGUUAAAUGGCAGAGUUCUAAGCGAUUGAUGUAUGGGUCACUGGUAUGUCUAUCCAAAGAUAAUUUUCAGACUGUCAUUUUUGCAACAGUUGCUAACCGGGAUGAAACAGAACUAGUGAAAGGCUGUAUUACAGUGCAUAUAAAGAGUGGACAUGAUGUUGCCUUCAACUCAACAUCACGCAAUGUGUUUAUCAUGGCUGAAACAACCGCCUACUAUGAAUCUUAUUGCCACGUACUGGAGGGCCUUCAAGAAAUGUCAUCUAACCUGCCAUUACAAGAAUACAUUAUAAAGUGUAACAAAGAUGUCAAGCCACCAAAAUAUCUUUUAUCUUGUGGUGGGAUCCUGAAAGUGCCAUACUAUGAUUUAUCUUGUCUUUUAGUUGAUAAGACAUUUAAUUCCAGCUUUCCUGUCUUAACCACAGUGAAAUGGCCACCCACUUAUGAAAUGUGCCUGAAUGAAUCACAAAGACUAGCUGCAAUUGCAGCCCUUACAAAGGAAAUAGCUGUGAUCCAAGGGCCCCCAGGAACUGGCAAAACAUAUGUUGGUCUCAAGGUAAUGGAGGUACUACUGGAGAAUAAAACAGUCAUGGCAGAAAAACAAGGGAAUGAUGAGGAUCCAAUUCUUGUGGUCUGUUACACCAACCACGCUUUAGACCAGUUUUUAGAAGGGGUUUUGGAAUUCUGUGAGGAAGGGAUCAUUCGUGUUGGGGGCAAGAGCUCUUCAGAAAAGUUGAAGAAAUUUAAUAUCAAUAACAUCAAGCAACAAGCUAGACAGGGCAAGGAGUUUAACAACCAGUCUGUUCAUAAUUCUAGAAGUCGCUGCAUGGAAAAAUUAAAAGAGGUUUCACAGCAAGUUCAGCAUCUAAAUGAUACUAUGAACAAUUUAGAAACAACUUUAGAACAUGAAAAUGUUUUACAAAACUUCAUGAAGCCAGAACACUAUGAAAGCUUGUGUAGGCCUAGAGAUAAAAAGAGUAGAGUCCCCCAAACAAUUGAGUGGUUAAAAGCUACUAGGACCAAACCAAAACAUGCUAUUCCUGAUAUGAUCAAACGUCACUUGACAAAUUUAGUCUUAAGAUGGCCAAAUCAAGCCAAAAAAAUACAUUUUGGGAAAAUUAAAGAUCUCAACAUGAAAAUCAUACAAAGAGCCAGUUUGUACACUACUUGGCUGUUUCAAUUCAGAAAAGCGUUACGUGAUUAUAAGUUCCAUUUAUCUGGACAAAUACACAGCAACUUCACGCAAGAGGAAAUACAUCGUCUUGAAGCAAAUUUAAAACAAUCUUACACAUCAGUGUUGCCAGAUCAUUUGUUCAUUUCACAUAGAAUUUUACAUAAUUCAGUUUUUGAGGAGAUUUCAAGGAUAACAAAAGAAUUUAAAAGUGAAAAAACAUUUCAAGACAGGCUGGUUGAGUGCUGGUUACUGGGGCUACACAGAGGACUGGAUGAUCAGCUGGAUGACAUCCAGCUUUUGACUAGUUUUUAUGCUGGUGAAGAUUUAGAUAGCUUUGAUGACGCAGAAGAAACAAAACAUAUUGAAAAUGAAAGAAUGGUUGAUGAUAAUGAUAAUGACGGUGCUAAUUAUAAAACCCACCUGAAAUUAGUAAAAGGCAGUUUGGCAUCAAUCAUUUCUAGAACAGAUAUGAUGGGAAUAAAGGAGAACCAAACUUACAACAGUGAGGGCGAGGACUGGGUUACAAAACAAAAGUUUCUAACACAUGAGCAAGUUAGAAAAAAACUGUUUUCUGUCAAACCAAUGACUGACACAGAAGAAAGUAGUGUUGAUGAUGUUUGGGAACUGGAUCUGAAUAAAAGAUUUGCUUUGUAUAAUCUGUGGGUACAGAGGUACAAGCUCACUUUAACUGAGAAAAUGGAAAAAAUUCUAAAAGUUUACACUGAACUGAAUAAGAUGAAGCAAGAAAUCAGCAGUGAAGAAACUUUGUUCUUUUUAAAGAGAGCCAAAGUGAUUGGCAUGACAACAAGCGGUGCUGCAAGAAUUCGAGCUGUUCUUCAGUCCCUGGGUUGUAGAAUCAUUGUGGUGGAGGAGGCUGCAGAGGUCUUGGAGUCUCAUAUUGUCACAGCCCUCAACAAACAAUGCAACCAUCUCAUAUUAAUUGGAGAUCACCAACAGCUGCGACCCAACCCAACUGUCUAUCAACUGGCUAGGGACUUUGGGCUAGAGAUUUCCCUCUUUGAGAGACUCAUCAAAAACAAUGUGCCCCAUGUUGUGCUGAAAGAGCAACACAGAAUGCGCCCAGAGAUUUCCACCAUCAUGAAACAUAUUUACCCUGCUCUUGAAGACCACGCUUCUGUAAGUCUUUAUGACCAUGUCCGUGGGGUAGAGAAAGAUAUUUUUUUCAUAAACCACAAAGAAAAGGAAGCUAGAGUUGAAGAUACAAAAAGUAAAGCCAACACACAUGAAGCUAAAUUUGCUGUUGCUCUGUGCAGGUAUUUCCUACUUCAAGGCUAUGAACCAACACAGAUUACAAUACUUGCGACAUACACUGGGCAGGUGUUUGAAAUCAAAAAGAUAAUGAGAGCCUCAAAGUUUGAUGAGCAAGUCAGAGUCACAGCUGUGGACAACUACCAAGGGGAAGAAAAUGAAAUCAUUAUUUUAUCCCUAGUGAGAAGUAAUGACAACAGCAGUGUAGGGUUCUUAAAAGUGGACAACAGAGUCUGUGUGGCCUUGUCUAGAGCCAAGAAGGGCCUUUUUGUCAUUGGAAAUUUUGAGCUCUUGGCCUCACAGAGCAAGUUGUGGACUAAAAUUGUUGAUACAGCAAAUGAAAAUCAAAUCAUUGGAGAAGGUCUACCAGUUUGUUGCCAGAAUCACCCAGACUUUAAAGUCCUAAUCUUUUCUGAGAAAGAUUUUGAGCAGUGUCCUGGAGGAGGGUGUGGGAAACCUUGUGAUUUCAGAAUGGCCUGUGGUCACUCGUGUGGACAGAAGUGUCAUGGUACAGACCCAGAACACAAAACUUACAAAUGUUUCAAGCCUUGCUCUAAAUCUUGUCCUGCUGGGCAUCCAUGCAAGAAGAAAUGUUUCCAGCCCUGUAAGGAUUGCACAUUUCUUGUGCCAAAGGAAAUCCCAUCUUGUGGUCAUGUCAACAAUGUUGAAUGCCAUCUUGAUGCUAGCAAAGCUCUGUGCUCACAUCCUUGUAAGGAAAUUCUAGACUGUGAGCAUCCAUGCUCUGGAACUUGUGGCAGAUGCAAGUCAGAUGAAAAACACCAGGAAUGCAGAGUACCAAAAGAAUGUAUGUGGCCAUGUGGUCAUGUCUCCAGGAUACCUUGCAAUAAAAACCCAUCAUCAAUUACUUGCCCCAAACAAUGUGGGGCACAAUUGUCUUGUGGACAUACAUGUAAAGACACAUGUUCUAACUGCCUGGAAGGUUUGAUACAUGUUGCAUGUGAAGAAAAAUGUGAUCAAAUCCUCCCCUGUGGGCACCAAUGUGCAAGUCUCUGUGGCAUUCCUUGUCUGCCCUGCAAUAAGCAAUGUAAAACCAGAUGUCCACAUGGAUCUUGUAAAGCUUCUAAACAACCUUAUUCUUGUGGACUAGCCUGUGCACCAUGUAAAGAGCCAUGCAAGUACACAUGCCAACAUGCAAGAUGCACCAAAAUGUGCUCUGAGUUGUGUGCUGGACAGCCAUGUAAGAAGAAAUGUACUAAAAAGGUUAAAAACAAGCUGCAUUCAUGCACUCAUAAAUGUUCAAGCCUUUGUGGUGAACUUUGUGCCUGUAACAUCUGUGAAAAAGUCUCUUCUAUUCCAGGAAUUUUAAAAACUGUAUCUGACCAAUCAGAAGACACCUCUGAUUCAAAUCAUCCAAUCAAAAGGUUCAUUUUAAAAAUCCCUGGUUGUUUACAUCUUUUCUAUGUUGAUGAAUUAGAUGAGUACAUCCAAAGUUUUGACCCAGAUGGGACUCAGUACCUGGCUUGUCCUGUAUGCUCUACACCCAUCACAGCAUGUAGGCGCUACAAAAAUGUCAUUAAAGAUAGACAACUCAAGAGAGAGAUAAUCAAAACUAAAUUACUGAAGGAAAAUAAGAUCACUGAAAAUGAUAUUAGAAUGUUAGAGGAAUCACAAAGAGAAAUUGGAGACUCAAGUUUUAUUGAUGAAUUUAGGCAGAUUAAGAUCGAUGCUAAGCAAAACAAAUCUGAACUGCUAGCUGCUUCCUUCGAGAUUAAAUUUGCUUAUGUCCUUGGAGAAAUUAAAACACAAAAUGACAUGUACAAUUGUAGCACAGAUGAUGGUGAUAAAACUCUGAGAAACAUAAAAGAUGCAUUGUUCAAAGUAAAAUAUGGAGUGACAAAACAACAGGCAGAUGAUUUUUCAUUGGAAUUACUUCGUCAAUUUGCCACUGCAUAUCUUUCUUGGCUGUUACAGAUACAUACUAAGAAAUCAUUGCAAAUAUCUGAUGACAUACUUGUCCAAAUGAAAGAAAGCAAAGAGAUUUUAAAGUUACAUAAACUACACAGAGAAGAUCUAGACCGUGUGCUUGGUUUUAUUCAGAAAUUAAAUGAACUAUUUCUAACAUCAACAAAUUCUACAGUUUUAGAACAGGAAUUCUUAGAUUUGGAGAAAUUGUAUCAUUUGAUUACUGCUAUUAUAAAUUCCAGAGAAGAAAAGAUGCUGUGUGAAAUUUUAAACCCAGAAGUCUCAUAUUGUUUGGCUGAAACUGAGUUUGUUGCUAAUUCUGAUCAAGUCUCAAAUUCUCAAGGUCCAACAGCUCCAGGAGAGUUGUCUACAAACCUGAACCCACAACCAUUGGAGAAUCUGAUGCCGAUAGAUCCUGGAGCCAAGCUCCCAAGUUUAUCAAAGUUGGUUUUUAUCCAGUGGCUGAUGAUUUCCAUUGGUGUAGACUUGGCUGUUGUUAAAGCAGCAUCAGGUUUGAAAUAUUGAGACAUUUGCUUUUAAAUAGAGUUUAUGUUUGUAACACACAAUGAUACCUUAAUCUUACACAGUGUCAAAGUUAUAAUUCCAAAAGUUGUACUACUUUGCCUCAUCAAUGAGUUAACAUUCCAGCCUUUUCACUGUUUAGCCAUGUUCCAUUCUCUAUCAUAACAUUGUGUGUUGUAAAUAUAUUUUCUAUGACAAUGCUUGUUCCCACCAUGAAUAUUGGUUGUGAUUUUUUCAUUAAUAAAUUAAUUGCAGAUGUGUGAUUUCACUUGAUGAUCAAAAGAGCCAUAAAUAAUUUUUGUUUUCUAAACCAAAUUUUAAGAAUUAUCUCAACUCUUGCUAAGAUUAUUUCAGAUUUUUUAGUAACUCCCAAUAUUUUACUCAACCUUAAACUUCUAAAAAUAAUUUGUCUUAAAUCUCUGCUGUAGGCUAACUGUAACAAAACAUAUAUAUGAGGUUUUGGUUCAUAGUUUUCAAAAAUAUUCCUUACAAAAUGCUGCUUCCUUGUCAUAACUAUGUCAUUGUUUAUAUUUAUUAUCACACAAAGACUAUUUAAAGUUUUCUAUUUUUCACAAAGUAAUGGAAACAUUAAUUACUAAUAAAAGUAGCAGUUGCUUUCUACUAAUAAAUAUAAUUAUAGCCCAGUAUUUUAGUAAAAUGACUGUCAAAUUUUAGAUCAUUUAAACUUGACUUUUAUUCCUCCUUUUUAAAAAUAUUUUUUUAUAACUAUAUGUUUUUUGUAUGAUAAUAUCAAUAGCAUAAUAAUGUAGUGCUGUUGUUAAACAUGACAAAUAAUUACCUAACUGAUUUAGCUACUACUUUUUAUUUUCAAAAAAGAUCUGUGUUCACAAAAUUUGCUUUUGCUUAAACCUUUUACCCUUAUUUUUUUGCAAGCUGCAUUUUUAAAAUUGCAUUUCAGGAAACCAUUUUUGGUUCUUUAAAACAAUCAGCAUUAAUGCACAAACUCACAAAUGUAUACACUUUAAAAUGCUUCCAUUUCUUGUUAUAUUAACUGUGUUCAAAAAGUCUUUCCAUUUAGUUUAGCUGUAAAAGUAUUAUUUUAUUACAGGCGGUUAUUUCAAAUUAAAUUUUAAAGACAUUCUUGAGUAACAAAGAAGUAAAAUCUUACUGGAACUCCUUUCUAACUUUAAUCUUUCUGAACCAUCACCUGGUAAUUCAACCAUUUUAAUCUUUCUGAGCCAUCACCUGGUAAUUCAACCAUUUUAAUCUUUCUGAGCCAUCACCUGGUAAUUCAACCAUUUUAAUCUUUCUGAGUCAUCACCUGGUAAUUCAACCAUUUUAAUCUUUCUGAACCAUCACCUGGUAAUUCAACCAUUUUAAUCUUUCUGAACCAUCACCUGGUAAUUCAACCAUUUUAAUCUUUCUGAACCAUCACCUCGUAAUUCAACUAUUUUAAUCUUUCUGUGCCAU